AGGGCUCUUGCAAACACGUGCAAAUCCAUGUGGAUGUUGAGCUACUAGCUACAGUCUAGUCUAGUAGUACAUGAGUGGCUGGCUGGCUAGCUCUAUAGUAGGCUCAAUAAUUUACCUCUGAUGCCAGUUGAAAUAUCAGACUAUCCGGUUGGUUUGAAAAGAAGAAGCUCCAGUUAUCUUUGGGAUUUGGAAGCUUCCUAUAACAUUUGAGCUCCUAUCAACUACUUACAGUGCAUACUACUAGUGAUGUCUGCGGCAUCCAGUAAUCAGCAGUUGCCUCCAAAGGAGGCAGGCAUUUUCAAGAAGAUUGUGCGUUGCUAUGAAUCUAAGCAGUACAAGAACGGACUCAAAUUCUCUCGGCAGAUCCUCUCCAAUCCAAAAUACAGUGAUCAUGGAGAGACACUGGCCAUGAAGGGUUUGUUGCUAAGCUACAUGGGAAGAAAGGAGGAAGCAUUCGAGUAUGUGCGUAGAGGGCUGAAGAACGACUUGAGGAGUCACGUCUGUUGGCAUGUGUAUGGACUACUUCAGCGAAUGGAGAAGAAAUAUGAUGAGGCAAUAAAGUGUUAUAGAAAUGCUUUGAAGUGGGACAAGGAAAAUGUUCAGAUUCUGAGAGAUCUCUCCUUGUUGCAGAUACAAAUGAGGGAUGUCGAGGGAUUCAGGGACACUCGCUACCAGCUGCUUAAAGUGAGACCUGCCCAACGGACCUCUUGGGUUGGUUAUGCCCUUGCCUACCACCUGCUUAAAGACUACCCAAUGGCUCUCAAGGUGGUAGCGGAGUACAGGAAGACAAUGGUUGCCAAGGCCAAGCCCCCAGACUAUGAGUACAGUGAGAUGAUACUGUAUGAGGUGCAGUUGAUGCUGGAGGCAGGACUGAAGGAUGAAGCUCUCAAGCACAUGAAGACAUUUGAGAGCAACAUCUGUGACCCUCUCUCAGUUAUGGAGACUCGAGCUUCUGUUUUCAUGGAGUAUGGUCAGAUGAAUGAUGCUGAGGUGAUUUACAAAGAUCUUGUUCACCGGAAUCCCUCCAACUGCUUCUACCUUGAGCAACUAGAGAAAUGCUUAGGAUUGGAUGAUCCUGACUCAAGACUGAAACUCAACACCCAACUGCAGGAGGAGUACCCUCGAUCACAUGUCAUCAGGAGGAUGCCACUUACAUUCACAACAGGUGGCACAUUUCAUACCUUGAUAGACGCUUUCCUCCGCCGGUCUCUGAGCAAAGGUGUUCCCUCUCUGUUUGUCAAUGUGCGACCUUUCUAUAAUAACCCAGAUAAAGUGAAGACUGUUGAGGAGCUAGCAUUGUCUUACUUGAAAUCACUAGAAUCUUGUGGAAGAUUUAGUGAUAAUGGUCCGGAGGAGUCUCCUUGCACUGUUCUAUGGACAAAGGUGUUCUUAGCCCAACAUUUUGACAUAAUUGGUAACUUCGGCCAGGCAAUACAACUUGUUGACCAAGCAAUUGACCACACCCCCACUGAAGUGCAGCUGUACAUGACAAAAGCCCGUAUUCUCAAACAUGCUGGAGAUCUGGCUGAGGCUGCUCGCUUUAUGGAAGAGGCAAGGACCCUGGACACAGCUGACCGUUUUGUCAACUGCAAAUGUGUCAAAUACCUAUUCAGAAUCAAUCAAAUAGACCAGGCAGUGGAGACAGCUGGACUCUUCACUAGGGAGGGGCUCCCCACCCUUCAAACCAUGGACGAGAUGCAGUGUAUGUGGUUUCAGAAGGAGAUGGCAAUGUCUUAUUGGAGGACUGGUCAGCUUGGAGAGGCACUGCAGAAACUCCAUGAGAUGGACAAGCAUUUUAGUGACAUGAUUGACGAUCAGUUUGAUUUUCACACCUACUGUAUGAGGAGGAUCACACUAAGAUCAUACAUCAGCGUUCUGAGGCUAGAAGAUACCAUCAGGAAGCACCCAUCGUAUUUUGAGGCAGCUAAACUGGCUAUUAAGAUAUAUAUCUUCAUCCACGACAAUCCAGAUGCCAAAAAUGCUAAAAUGAAUGGAGAUUCUAACAAUAUCAGUGACUUGACACCCUCUGAGCUUAAAAAGCUGCAAAGAAAGCAGAAGAAAGCUCAGCUCAAAGCUCAAGAAGAGAAAAAAGAGAACAAACCACAAAAGCAACACGAGGAGGAGAAGAAAGGGGAACAGAAGUAUCCAUUCUUUGAUCCAAAAGAGUUACUUGAGACCAAGACGCCUCUUGAACAGGCCCUGAAAUUCCUGUCGCCGUUACGGCUGUUCUCCAGUGGGAGAAUAGAGCCCCACUUACUGGGCUACGCUAUCCAUUCGAGAAGACGAAAGUUUUUGCUGAUGUUACAGUCAAUAAAGAGAGCACAAUGCAUAGAUGCUGAAAAUGGAGAACUACACUUGAACAUCGUAAACUUUGUCGCAGAAGUUGAAAAAAGUCGUGACCGGCUACCUGACCCAAUCCGCACUGUGAUUGAUGAGAGUCUCAGCUUGCUUACACACGGCAACAGUCUCACAGAGCUCAACAGAGAUUUUGUACAAAAACACAAAGAGUCACAUGAGCACUUGAUAUAUGGAGCACAGGCUAUGUUUGCCAUUGAUCCAGCCAACAAAGAUAAGGCGCUAGCGUAUAUUACUGAGCUCUCUGAUAAUAUCCAUGGAAGAAGCCUCAAGUCAUGCAGCCAAGUGUUGGACUUGCUUAAGCAAGGAGUGUUAGGAAAGUGUUCAAAUGAAGUAAUUAUGUUAUACACCCAACAAUGCUCAAAGCUAUUCCCUAUGGCAACUGUGUUCAGACCAGACCCAUCUCCUUCCACACAAUGUACAGACAAGAGUAAAGUGAGCAAACCGGACAAGUUUGGCCGAAAGACGCAGCCUGUUUCCAAUGUUGCAAUGUCUGUUCUGUCUGGUGACAUAAAUGAUGGCUCUGGUGCAUCUGUUUCUAUAAACUCGGUAAACAUUAUAGCAUUAGGUGACGAACGAACUGAUGGACCGGAUUAGGUCUCUUAGCUGUAGGACUUUUGUUAUAGUAGAGUUUAUUUUAUGAGAGAAAGAUGUCUCUAGUAGAUCACAUUGAUUGUGUUGUGUGUUUGUAUAUAAUUGUUGGCCUAAAUAUUAA